AUGCCCGUCAACAAUGGCCUGGAUGCGGCCCAGGCGAAGCGCAAUCGCUUGCCCUUCAAGCCCCCGCGACGGCAGUCUACUGGUAUAGAAGGCUCGUCCAAAACAACAUCCAGCAAAAAGAUAUCUUCUUCUACAGCAUCGACGUCCAAGACAAAGUCUGUCCGAAAACCUACUACUACUAGCACUAUAGAAGCCAGAACGACAAAAUCGAGGAAAAGAAAGGCUCAAUCUCUCUCAUCUGGCUCCGAACCCGCAUCGGACGACGAUGAUGGCAACGAAAGCAACCUUGUCCGCAACAACGACGAUGAGAGCCCUUCGACGAGUAGAAGCGGCUCCCCGCUUGAGGAACCCGAUUACAUACUUGCAGAGAUUGUCACAAAUGACAGGCCACGUGAUAUCGAGUCUGGCGAACCAGGGAUACCACCAAAACUCUUGACGAGGCUUUUACAUCAUCACUUCCAGAAUCCGAAGACGAAGAUUGCGAAGGAUGCAAAUGAUGUCGUUGCAAAGUAUAUCGAUAUAUUUGUCAGGGAGGCACUGGCUCGAGCUGCUUAUGAGAGAGCGGAGGGUAAUGCCGCGAAUGGAGAUGGAGCCGGGAGGUCGGUGAUGGAUGGGUUUCUUGAGGUUGAAGAUCUGGAGAAAUUGGCACCGCAAAUGAUACUUGACUUUUAA